GGUACAAGCGGCCACUAACAUGACGACGUCCGGUCGUUUUUUUAGGUAACCAUAACAAACAUGGCGACUUGCAGGCAGGUGGGAAGGUUGUUGAGUAUUUCAGCAAGACUUGUGCGCCCACUUGCUGGCUAUGGAUAUCAGAGUGCCAGAUUGCACUCCCUCUCACACAACAGAGGAGUCACAGGGAGAUGGCCGCAGACAGCCCUUUGUGCUGUUCCUGCAAGGACCAUGUUCAUUCAGACCCAGGACACACCCAACCCAAACAGCUUGAAGUUUCUACCCGGCCGCACAAUUCUUGAAUCAGGAACAAAGGAUUUUGCAGGCCCUCGUGAUGCGUACUGCUCUCCUCUAGCCAGACAGCUGUUCAGAAUUGAUGGUGUCAAGAGUGUCUUCCUGGGCCCGGACUUUAUCACCAUAACAAAGGGUGAUUUAAAUAUGGAAUGGAAAGUAAUCAAACCUGAUGUAUUUGCCGCUAUCAUGGAUUUCUUCGCCACUGGACUUCCUGUUUUGAAUGAGGACAGCCUUCCUAGUGCAGAUACAGCUCCGUCAGAUGAUGAUGACGAAGUGGUCGCGAUGAUCAAAGAGCUCCUGGACACUCGAAUCAGGCCAACGGUGCAGGAGGAUGGAGGAGAUGUUCUGUAUCGGGGCUUUGAGGACGGCAUUGUCAAACUGAAGCUGCAGGGCUCCUGCACCAGCUGUCCCAGCUCCAUCAUCACCUUGAAGAGCGGAAUCCAAAACAUGUUGCAGUUUUAUAUCCCGGAGGUUGAAUCAGUGGAGCAGGUGAAGGAUGAAGAAGAGGUGGCUCAAGCUUGACUCCCAGACCUGCACAUUCCUCUCCACCCUACCACCACCUCCUUCACCUCCAUCGUGUAGUUUCAUUUGAUGAGUGUCUUAGAAGCUGCUCUACUGAGUAGUUGCGAUGAGAAAACUGUCUGUUUCAUCCAGCGAGGUGCUCGUUGACCUUGAUGAUGGUUGUCAGUACACUGUUCAAAAGUGUUUCAGGAUGCAGAAACACCACAGUCCAGGAGAUCAGAGCGUAGAGGGUAAUGUCAAACAACUGAUGGCUCAAGAACUCAGAUUGUAUUUAUUUCAUGUUAUUAUUACAUUUCCAAAUCAGUCACUAGAAACAACAGCAUCCAAGUCUCCACUGUUUUAAAUGCAGAUAUGUAUAUAAAUAAAGUUUAUUAUAAUUACAUUC